UUUCAACUUCAGAUACUGUAUAUGUAAACUCCUAGACUUCAACGACAAUAUAUAUUCUAGUCACUGAGUAAAACAUGCGAUUGUCUCGGUUUCUGGGUUUUCGAUUGCCAAAGCUUUGACAGAAUCUUAAGCUAUGGAUUACGGCUGCUGCUGCUCCUUGGUUAUGGUUGUGGUCGCUUUCCUGUGCGGUUUUCGAGUCAGUUUUUCGAUGACUAUUGAAGUGCAUGUGAAGAAUUUCAUCAGUUUGGAUGACAUAAAAGUGGAUGAACAUCAAAUAAAGUUGAGUGAUUCGAGGGUUAAUCGUAAUCGAAGCCGAGUUAUCGUGGUUAACAAGAAUGGUGGAGCAGAUUCCGUCACUGUUCAAGGAGCAAUAGACAUGGUUCCGGAAAAUAAUACUCGGAGAGUUAAGAUUUUUAUUCUUCCUGGAACUUACAGGGAGAAAGUAACUGUCCCGAAGAGCAAGCCAUAUAUAUCAUUUGUUGGGAAUGCCGAUCAAAUGUCCAACACCAUAAUUUCUUGGGAAGACAACGCAUCUGAUAAAGAUAACCAUGGAAUUAGCCUAGAAACUUAUAGAUCAGCAUCUGUCACCGUUUUAUCCGAUUACUUCUGUGCAUCCGAUAUCACAUUUGAGGUGAUAACUAUUCGCUUUUGA